AUGGCAACAACAGCGAACAAAAAAUCACAAUUAAAAUUUUCACAAGGCACAAAUGUAAUACAUCAAGCUCCAACAAAAAGUCAAGCAACAAACGCUUCUAAAGCAUGGCUUCACUUUGUGGCUGGAGGUGUCGGAGGAAUGGCCGGAGCAAUCGUUACCUCACCUUUAGAUGUUGUGAGAACUCGUUUACAGUCAUCGAUUUACGGCUCCAAAACUCAGUCGAUACAGCCAUUUGUUCGAUCAUAUAUACCAAUUUUGGGACAUUUUAUUGACACUGGAAAAUUGUUAACAUAUAUGUACCGGACCGAAGGCUGGAGAGCAUUAUUCAAAGGGUUAGGACCAAACCUCAUUGGUGUUAUACCAGCUAGAGCGAUUAAUUUCUUUACAUAUGGCAAUGGCAAACGAAUUUUAAUAAAUUGGAAUGGGGGACAAGAAACAGCCUAUGUACACUUGACAGCUGCUGUUAUUGCAGGACUUGUGACUUCCACUGCGACCAACCCAAUAUGGCUUGUUAAGACUCGAAUGCAACUUCAAACAUCAUCGGUUUCGUCUGCAUUGCCUAUUAAAUACAAGAAUUCUUUUGACUGCUUGAAGAAAGUUGUUAAAGAAGAAGGAAUAACAGGAUUAUAUAAAGGAUUGAGUGCAUCCUACUUAGGUAUAACUGAGGGUACUAUACAAUGGGUCGCUUACGAAUACCUAAAAUCGAAACUUUCAGAACGAAGAGAAAGACGACGAAGUAUGUCUGAUGAAGCCGAGAAACCUUAUUGGCACAUGAUAGAUAAUUUUUUUGCCGCAGGUUCCUCAAAAUUUUUUGCGGCUUGCAUUAGUUAUCCUCAUGAAGUGGUCCGAACUCGUUUAAGACAGCUUCCCUCAGAAGGUGCUAAAUAUAAAGGUCUAGUUCACUGUGUCAAGACUAUUUUUAAAGAAGAAGGUUUUUCAGCUUUCUAUGGUGGCAUGACCGCACAUGUGAUGCGUGUUGUUCCCAAUGCGGCCAUCAUGUUCUUUUGUUAUGAACUUAUCUUGCAAUACGGUGGUGUUAAUAAUAACUCAUCGAGCUAA